CAGUAAUUUGUUGUCUCCAUUUACCAUUGACUGGUAAUAAGUUAGCGUAGUUCGAUGACAUAUUGUAUAUUGGUCUUCCUCUUCUUCUUGUAGUCUUCUUCAACAGUUGUAAGUCGUAUAACUUUUUCAACUUGUGUUGAGUGAUGAAUAAUUUUGAAAUGGAAACGAGCAAAAAAAAAAAAUGAUUGGGCCCGAUCUUUAAAUUCCGGGGACUAUGCGUAUAACUAGAACAAAAAAAAAAAAAAUUCACGUAAACAAAGAUCUGAAGUUGAUGUAUUUGGUAUCAAUAUAACAAGAAAUGAUAUGAAAGGAAGUAUACACCAAUUGGUAACACCAGAUGGUUCGGAUCAGGUAACACCAAGUCCAGAGGCUUCUCGAAAGAAAGUGAAGAAAGUACAAGCAAUUCUUAAUUUUUCAUCAUCACUAGUAUCAUCACAAACCAAGACGUGUAAGAUAUGUGGAAUGGCCUAUUAUGAACAUAUUAAUAAGGAAGUUGAAAUCCAUAAGAAGUAUCAUUUGACUUUCAUUAAUGGGAUAUUAUGGCCCGAUACAUUCAAAUGUAAAAAGGUUAAAAGUUUUGCCAUAAUUCAGAAGUCUACCACAAAGUUACGAAAAUCAAAUACCAUACAGUUAGAGAUUGUAACCAUUGAUAAAACAAACAAGAGGCAAACCAAUAAAGUAGAUCAAUUACUUGAUCUAGUGAAUAAGGAAUUGAAUGCUCCCGAGGAUACCAAAUACUGGAGAGAUCCCCUUAAAGAAUCAAGCAAAGCGUUUGUUGUGAUUAUUGACGAUAGAGCUGUGGGAUUAUGUACUACUGAUACUAUAGAAGAUAUAGAAUUACAAGGUCGAUGGAUGAUUCAUAGUUCACAAUCAAUCGUACCUAAUCAAGUCAACAAGAACAUCAAGUUAGGAAUUUCAAGGAUUUGGAUUGCUCCUAAAUGGCGUCGAUUAGGUAUAGCUAAAGUUUUGCUAGAAAUUGUUCAGAGUCAGUCUAUUUAUGGAGUAGUCCUUAACAAAGCUCAAAUCGCAUUCAGUCAACCUAGUCAUAGCGGUGGUCUACUUGCAAAAGAAUUUAAUGGCGUUAUACAUAAAAGUGGAGAACUUUUGGUUCCCGUAUAUUUAGAAUUAUAGGGUAGUAUAGAUAUAUAUAUAUAUAA